UGGCGGCGGCGCGCGGGGCGGCCUACGCAGGGCGCGGGCUGGCUGCGGAGGGUAUAAAUCCGCGGAGCAAAGCGGCUGCCGCGCCGUUUGAUCCCGAGACCUCGGCGGGCCGGCGGGUUUGCUGGGACCCAGCGGGGCGGGCGCCGCCGAAAGAAGAAUCCAGAAGAAUGUCUGCACUGAACUGGAAGCCGUUUGUUUAUGGAGGCUUAGCUUCAAUCACCGCAGAAUGUGGUACUUUCCCAAUUGAUCUCACCAAAACACGUCUCCAGGUUCAAGGUCAAACUAAUGAUGCCAAAUUUAAAGAGAUUCGUUACAGAGGAAUGGUGCAUGCACUAGUGAGGAUAUGGAAAGAAGAAGGGUUGAAAGCACUGUAUUCUGGGAUUGCCCCUGCAAUGUUACGCCAGGCUUCGUAUGGAACAAUAAAAAUAGGCACUUACCAAAGCUUGAAGAGAGUGUUUGUUGAGCAACCAGAAGAUGAAACCCUGGUGGUAAAUGUAUUGUGUGGCAUUCUUUCGGGGGUGAUUUCAUCAUCUAUUGCCAACCCUACAGAUGUUUUGAAGAUCAGAAUGCAGGCCCAAGGCAGUGUGAUUCAAGGAGGAAUGAUGGGCAAUUUCAUACAAAUUUACCAAAAAGAAGGCACUAGAGGACUAUGGAAAGGGGUGUCCUUAACAGCUCAGAGAGCUGCUAUUGUUGUGGGAGUGGAGCUGCCAGUCUAUGAUCUCACCAAGAAGCACAUAAUUAUGUCUGGACUCAUGGGAGACACUGUGUAUACUCACUUCCUCUCAAGCUUCACCUGUGGAUUAGCUGGAGCACUUGCAUCAAAUCCAGUUGAUGUUGUGAGGACACGGAUGAUGAAUCAGAGAAAAUUUCGAGAUGGAACACAUUCAGGGUACAAGGGUACUUUGGAUUGCUUAUUACAAACCUGGAGGUAUGAAGGCUUUUUUGCUUUAUAUAAAGGAUUCUGGCCAAACUGGUUGAGACUCGGUCCUUGGAAUAUUAUCUUCUUUUUGACAUACGAACAGCUGAAGAAAUUGGAUUUCUGAAAGAUGCAAGAUUGUGUAAUAAAUCAGUAGACUGUGCUGACAUGGUAUUUGAACUCAAGGCAUCUUUUUAAAAAUGCUCUUCAGUGUUUUCUCAUCAGAGCAUAGGACUUGCUGGCAAAAAGCAGGAGGACCAUCAGAAGAACAUUGUAAAUCGAGACCAUACAUAAAAUGAUCUCUCAACUGUGGAUGCUUAACUGAUGUGUCAAAUGCUAUGCACCAAUUAUUGAAAUGGAACCGAAAGUUGGCAAUACUCCUCUAUCAACUGUUUAAAUGCUGUUGGACAUAAUGUAUGGUACAACUCCAGAUGUUUUUCUGCUGAAAUGUUUUACUUCUGGAUGAAAUCUUAAUAGGAAAGAGCUACAUCUGUUUGUCCAGAGGUAAGUAGGCAAUGGAAGAGCCUCACUCUUUUGUCCAUACUGAUGAAACUUGAUGUAUUAAUGUGGUCAUAAAUAGUUGAUUAAGCUUCUGAAAUUUUUGAUGUCUUGGAGUUCAAGUGCAGGACAUUGAAAAUUUUAUUCCAAGUGACUCCAGGACUUUGUAAAAAUACUUGUUAAAUGAACUUCUGGAUUCAGAGCACAUUUCUGUUGCCGUCUAUCAUUUAAAUGUAUAUGUAACUUACGUUGAGAGCAAUGACGCUUCAGUAACAUGACUUGUUGUUGUCACCAUUUUCCAUGUUUGAGAAAGGUCUGGCAUUUUUUAAGAUACCUUAUUCUUGGUCUUCAAUAGAAGGGAUUCUAACAGGUUUCAUCAAGAAAUUAAUAUCUAUAGACUUCAAAAAAAUGUAGUAAAAAUAGAGCAUUCACUCUCCCAUCUGCCUCCUGUGAAAGAGGGACUUAAUUUUUCAAUACUUGUUUGAGUCUUAUGAAGAGGAACUGCUUUAAGCAGUUAGUGGCUGUCACACAUCACCUGAAAGAUGCAUGCCACACAUUGGGGCAGUUGAACGACUGAAAGCUCAAGAAAUGCAGAUGCUUACGUACAGAGAGCAUACAUCCAAAAGAGGCAAUCUAAUGUAUUGCUACUUUCCUAAACAAGAAUUAGAGAAUUGUGCUCAUCAGUGCUGAUGCUUUCAUUCAGCAAAAUGAGUUCAGCUGAAGUUACUUUAAUAGAACUUCUUUUAAGAGCAGUGUGAGUUGACUUCUUUGUAGGUUCUACUUUUCCUUUGACUUGUGCAGGAAAACUUUCUGCCAUAAACUAAAGAAAAUUAGUAUCGGGGUUACUGUAUGAAUGCAGUUUAUUCAGUUACAAAAGCAUGGGAGCGAGUGAAGUGAAUGCCUAUUCUGGAUCCAUUGCGGCUUGCAGUGUAGGAUUAUUAAGUGUACAGUUGUGGUCUAUGGAGAUUUCAUCUUGAAACAUUCAUUACAAUAUCUGCAUAAUCAUACGUUGCACUUAAAGCAAUUCAUGUUCUAGUGUGGAUUUCACUCUUAAUAUUUCAGUGUUUAAAUGGUUGGUUUCAAGAUGCACAAAGUAGGUAUUUUUUAAAUGCACAAGGCACUUUUCUGAAAAUACCAAGUGUUAAGGUAAAAGCAUUACUUUUCAAAGUGUUCGAAUGUUUUUAAGGUAAAAAUUAUGAUGCAUAGUUAUGCUCGUUUGUGCUGUCUGUAUUACUGCAAUUAAACUUUUGUGUAGACAUCUUUGUAAAAUAUUUUUUGUACAGAAUGUAAAACAAAAUUAAGGAUAUAUCAUUUAAACUUUUUAGAACUUAAACACUUUUUAGAAUGAAUAAAAUGCAUUGUCGCUAAGUUGAGGUACAUUUGCUUACAAAUGGAACCUAGGGAUGGUUCUGAGGCAUUUGGUUAGAGUGUACUUAGAAUAGUCAGUAAGAGAAUAUUCCGCUGGUACUGCAAACUGUAUGUUGUAAUUCAUCAUUUAGCUACAUUAAAGUAGAGUUCCUGUAACUAAAAAUGUAUAUUUCAGUCACACAGUGUCAAUAGGUUAAUAAAAAGAAAAGGAGUACUUGUGGCACCUUAGAGACUAACCAAUUUAUUUGAGCAUGAGCUCACGAAAGCUCAUGCUCAAAUAAAUUGGUUAGUCUCUAAGGUGCCACAAGUACUCCUUUUCUUUUUGCGAAUACAGGCGAACACAGCUGUUACUCUGAAAUAGGUUAAUAGUAACAGAAAUCAGGUGGGAAGUCUGACAAGCUAAUUCACUUCCAGUUUAACAGGCUUGCAAUUGCAGACCCAAGGGCUCCAUGAUAGAAAGGUCAGACAGUCCUUUGCAUGUUCGGUACCCCCCGCUGCUUAACACCAGAAUCUUUGAUCCCAAUUGGAAUGCCUUUGUUUGCAAAGGAUUGCUGUGGGUAAAAUGGACCUCCUGACAGUAACUACAAGUGUUUAGAAGUCCUCACAGUUCUCACUGUCCCUCUUGUGCUACCCUGAUAUGAGGGAAGAAUUAGUGAUUCCCAACCUUUUCCAAACCAUGAGUCCAUGUUACAACAGAAAAGUCUUGGGACCCCAUUCCCAUCUAACUAUAAAGAAAAGGAACUGUGUUUGCAAUUUCCUGGAGAGAAGCCAUGCCACAGAUACUUAAAACACUGGCCUACAAUCCUAAAUGGCAUGAAGGGAUCAAAAUAGCCUUGCCCAGCAGUGCCAGGGCUCUUAAACAACUUUUCUUAAGGAAAAGUCUGGGGGGGAAGAGAGACAUUUUAAGAUAAGUUAAAUGUUUGAAAUUAUAAGUUGUAAUUGUACUUUCAUCUACACAUUAGUAUUAAUAGUAUGAGCCUCUUGCAGAAAUGUUCUAUAUUUUUCUGGUAUGAUUGAAUUUUCAUUGCUGCCUGAUAUGCAGAAUAGGCAGGUUACCCCAAUCCACUGUACCAAAAAGUUGAGUUUGUGGGUAAUGUAUAUGCAAGUAUAUUGUCUCAUUUGCAGUAAUGUGCACCACCUGUCAAAUGACAUUACUAACCUUUCAUGCUGCAACUUAUCACAUUGAAAGGGAUAUGCAAAUAUUCAGAAAAUCACCAAAGCAAUUAUCUUUAUUGUGCCAAAAAUAUUGACUUAUAGAAUUGCAUCACUUUGUUUUCAUUAGAUCAUAUCAGUGUGUUCUGAAAUAUUGAACAUAUGUUUCAUUCAGCCCAGUUUGUUACUGCUGCUCAUAGAUUUAUUGUGCUAGUGAAGUUAUUUAUUCAUAUGGAAUGUUACAGGGAAACGGAAUGUUUUUAUGCUUUGUGUUCACAUGCCUUAUCUGCAUGGGAGAAUGUCUUAUUUCAGCAUAAUAAAUACAUUUGCGGGGAGAAUGUAAGAUGCUUUGGCCUUUGGGGAUCUAAAAUAAAUUUUUAACUAAACUCA